CGUUGCUUCCUGUGUGAGCCACUAGACUCGUCUGACUGCACAGAGUCUCCGGUAUGGGAAGCCGCCUAGUCUUCAACUUUUUACUGGACAUUUUAGCGCAGCUACGGUACAUUUGACACGGUUUAUAACACCAGAACAUGGAUUUCUGAUCGGAGUAACCCGAAAGUGAGUCCGAGUGAGUCCCCUCGACCGUUGAGAUCCAUUUUGUUUGUUCGAGUUGUUGAAGGAAGAAGGGGAAAAUGCCAGUUGCAACUCUUCUGCCUUUCACCGCGACCCCGAGUCGGAAGUCUGCCAGCCCGACCUCUUUCAGGUUGACGGAGAAAUUCAUCUUGUUAUUAGUGUUUAGCGCUUUUAUAACGCUCUGUUUCGGGGCCAUUUUCUUCCUACCGGACUCGUCCAAGCUGCUCAGCGGAGUUUUCUUUCAUUCCUCCGCGGUGGAGACCAACACCCGCACCGGUCCCGACAGCAGCGACCCGGGGUCGGCUGUAAACGAGGAGCGGGUCCUGGCUAAGAUCAGGAAAGACCACGAAAAAGCUCUGUUAGAGGCUAAGGAUACCCUACAAAAACGGCCCGACGAGAUAAAACAAGACAUUUUAAAUGAGAAGGAGAAAGUUGCAAAGGAGAGUAUGGGUCAAGGUGGGAAGGAUGACAAUAAUUUACCUGUCGUUGAGUAUCACCGCCCCCCCGGGGCGACUGGACGUGAACCUUCGGACCCCGAAACCAAGGAUAGACGGGCUAAAGUCAAAGAGAUGAUGAAGCAUGCGUGGGGCAACUACCGGCGCUACGCCUGGGGCUCCAACGAGCUCCGGCCCGUCUCCAAGCAAGGCCACUCCAGCAAUCUAUUUGGUGAGUGAGAGACCACA